AUGAUCUCUUUGAAUCAUAUCAUUGUCGCAGUCUGUUCUGUCGUACCUGCAUUUGCCAUCGAGAUUCUAGUGCAGUCGACUGGUGGUAAUGUGACAGGAAAAUUUGGACACCCUUACGGAUACGGCUUCCUCCAUGAAGAUAUCAACAACUCUGGUGAUGGAGGCAUAUAUGCCGAACUGAUUCAGAACCGCGCGUUCCAGUAUAGUCCAAGGUUCCCUGUAUCGACGGAACACUGGUUUCCACUCAACGGCGCCCAAUUGAGCGUUCAAUUCUUAAACGACCCACUUUCAAAAAGUCUACCCGCAUCUUUGCGUGUUACCGCUACUAACAAAACUGGAGAAUGCGGGUUCGAGAAUGACGGCUACUGGGGUAUUGACGUAAGGCAACAAAAGUAUACUGGAUCGUUCUGGGUGAAAGGCACAUACAAUGGGUCAUUCACAGCAACACUCAAGUCGAAUUUGACAGCGGAGGUGUUUGGUUCUGUUGAAGUCCAAGCCAAAACAAAUGCCAAUGAGUGGGUUCAACAUGAGUUUGAGCUGAUUCCCGAAAAGAAUGCUCCAAAUUCAAACAAUACAUUCGCAAUCACGUUUGACUCAACUGCAACUGGCAAUGGCACUCUAGAUUUCAACCUUAUCAGUUUGUUCCCUCCAACAUACAAGAACCGCAAGAAUGGACUUCGUGUCGACAUUGCAGAAGCACUUGCUGAAAUGAAUCCUCACUUCCUUCGUUUCCCCGGAGGAAAUAUGCUUGAGGGUCUGACCAAUGAUACUCAUUGGGACUGGAAAGAUACACUUGGUCCAUUGAAAGAUCGCCCGGGAUUUCAAGGAGUUUGGGGGUACCAACAAACCCAUGGUUUAGGAAUUAUGGAGUAUCUUGAAUGGGCAGAGGAUAUGGACUUACAAAUUGUUGUUGGAGUCUGGGCUGGUUUGGCUCUCAAUGGUGAUGUCACACCCGAGGAAGAUCUCCAGCCAUACAUCGAGGACGCUUUAAAUGAGAUCGAGUUCAUCAGAGGUGAUCCAAACACCCCAUGGGGCUCCAAGCGUGCGGAGCUAGGACAUCCUGAGCCCUUUGAACUAAACUAUGUGGAGAUCGGCAACGAGGACUGGCUCGCAGGUUAUCCGGGCGGCUGGGAUUCAUACCGACAAUAUCGACUCCAGAACUUCUACGAGGCAAUCCACGCAAAAUAUCCGGAUAUACAGGUUAUUGCGUCAGGUGCAACGAGUGAUCCGGCCCCGGAGGGUGCCACGACGGGUCCGAAUACGAAAGAGGGCAUUGAUUUCACCCGAACACCGGGUGUCAUCGGAGACUACCACCCAUAUCGCGAACCAGACGAGCUUGUCCAGGAGUUUGAUCGAUUCGAUAACGAUAUUGGCCAUAUAAUCGGUGAGGUUGCCGCUACCCAUGUGAAUGGAGCGACACCGCCACGUUGGGAUGGACCACUUUACAAGUAUCCUUGGUGGAUCGGUGCUGUUGGGGAAGCCGUAUCCUUGAUUGGUUAUGAGCGUAAUUCCGACCGUAUUCCAGGCACGUUCUACGCGCCCGUCCUCAAGAAUGAAAAUCGAUUUCAAUGGCCGAUUACACUCAUCCAAUUUACUGCCGAUCCUAAACAAACAACACGCGCAGUAACUUGGUAUUGUUGGUCGCUUUUCGCCCAUCAUCCAAUCUCACAUACUCUUCCUACUACUUCAAAUUCUACAUAUGGACCACUUUACUGGGGAGCUGGAAAGGAUGAAUCAAGACAGGGUGCUUUCGUUUGGAAAGGUGCUGUUUAUAACACAACGGAUGGUAGCGAUGUUCCUGUAUCGGUGCACUUUGAAGGAUCCCAGUCUGGCAGUCGCGCCUCUCUCACAGUUCUUACUAAUUCAGCUGGGGACCCUUACGCAUACAACAGUCCCUUCACCAACGUCAACAUUGUCAACACAACGAAGGUGGAACUGACGGCUAGCGAUGAUGGUGCCUUUCAUUUCGAGCUUCCAGAACUAAGCGUCGCAGUACUGGAUACAGAUGUUGAGUAAAAAAAAAGGAAAUUUGGUAUGGAGUAGUUAGGUUCGAGUAAAUAACUAGGCGUGAUAAAUAUCACACAUCUAUCCC